CCUCCCACACCAGGGCCAGAGCAGGAAGGGGGAGGGGCCAUGACUCACAAGGCCCUGGGAGGUGACUUUAAGGAGGACUGUCCUAAAAUCAGGAGCCUGUAGCAGAAAGUGAAACUGUCGUGCACCAGACAAAGAUCAUAGUCAGGACUAGCCAGCAAAGGACGAAUCCUCAAAUCAGUCCAGGUCCCCUGCUGAGACUCUCCCAUGAAAGUCAUGGCUGAGGUGGUGCUCCCUGCCCUGGGAGGGUGCUCCCUCUGUGUGCUUCCUGCCAUUCCUGAACUCUGGAACUGGGAGAAUUGAACCAAAUUAUGAUGGGAGCAAUAUGGAAUUUUGUUCACAGAGCUUUGAUGGAUUUUCUAAACAUGGUGGAGGUAAUGUAUCCAAAGAGAUUCAAAUACUUCUUCAAUAACAAACCCAUCCUUUCUCAUCGGAAUACCGUCUGGCUGUGCUACGAAGUGAAAACAAAGGACCGUUCAGGGCCCCCUUUGGAUGCAAACAUCUUUCAAGGCCAGGUGUGCGCCAAGGAUAAGUCCUGUGAGGACCACCCAGAGAUGAGAUUCCUCCACUGGUUCCGCAAGUGGAGGCAGCUGCAUCAUGACCAGGAGUACGAGGUCACCUGGUACGUAUCCUGGAGCCCCUGUGCAAGGUGUGCAAACAGUGUGGCCACGUUCCUGGCCGAGGACCCAAAGGUUACCCUGACCAUCUUUGUUGCCCGCCUCUACUUCUUCUGGAAACCAGAUUACCAGGAGGCGCUUCGCAGCCUAUGUCAGAAAAGAGGCGGUCCGCACGCCACCAUGAAGAUCAUGAAUUAUCACGAAUUUCAGCACUGUUGGGACAAGUUCGUGUACCGCCCAAAAAAGCCAUUUAAGCCUCGGGAGAAUCUGCCUAAACAUUAUACAUUACUGCACACCAUACUGGGGGAGCUUCUCAGACAUUUGAUGGAUCCAGACACGUUCACUCUCAACUUUAACAAUGAACCUUGGGUCAGUGGACAGCAUGAGUCUUACCUGUGUUACAAGGUGGAGCGCCUGGACAAUGGCACCUGGGUCCCGAUGGACAAGCACAGGGGCUUUCUACACAACCAGGCUCCAAAUAAACAUGGUUUCCCUAAAGGCCGCCAUGCAGAGCUGUGCUUCCUGGACCUAAUUCCCUUUUGGAAGCUGGAUGGCCAGCAAUACAGGGUUACCUGCUUCACCUCCUGGAGCCCCUGCUUCAGCUGUGCCCAGGAAAUGGCUACAUUCAUUUCAAAUAACAAACACGUGAGCUUGCGCGUCUUCGCUGCCCGCAUCUAUGAUGAUCAAGGAAGAGGUCAGGAGGGGCUGCGUGCCCUGCACACGGCUGGGGCCGAAAUUGCAAUGAUGAACUACAGUGAAUUUAAGCACUGCUGGGACACCUUUGUGGACCGCCAGGGACGUCCCUUCCAGCCCUGGGAUGGACUAGAUGAGCACAGCCAAGCCCUGAGUGGGAGGCUUCGGGCCAUUCUCCAGAAUCAGGGAAACUGAAGGAUGAGCCUCAGUCUCUAAGGAAGGCAGAGACCUGGGUUGAGUCACAGAAUAAAAGAUCUUCUUCCAAGAAAUGCAAACAGGCUGCUCACCACCAUCUCCAGCCACUCACAGACACCAGCAAAGCAAGGUGCUCCUGACAAGUAGAUUUUUUAAAAAUCAGAGUGAAUUAAUUUUAAUCAAAAAUGUAUGUUAUGUUUCAAGAAUAUAGUACUAAGAUUGUACUCAAUACACUCAGAAAAGUUUCAAACCUACUAAUCCAGUGACAAUUUGAAUUGGUUUUAUACAUAGAGGAAUAAAAUGAAAUACUAAAUCUUU